AUGCCCCCAUUAAACCGCUACCUCGGCCUCGUCUUCAUCAUCGCCAUCGUUGUCACCCUUCAUUUUCUCUUCUUCAGUCCCUCGCCCCUUGACUUGAGCGUCAUUAUUCCAGCCGGAUCACGAACAAGGCCACCUCCCAACUAUAACCCGGGCUUGGCACCAGGCCAUGGUUCACCACAAGCGGUCAGCCUCGGGCAACCAGUUGCAGCAAUGACACACCACCCUCUGCAGACCCUCAACGACGACUUGCUCCCAAACGACCUAGAGUUUGACGAACGGGGUCUCUUGACCUUUGAUUCGGACAAGCACAACGGUCAUCCUGUCGAGUUGCUCAUUGAGCGUGCCAAACUCAUAGUGGCCGCGAUGGAAGAGCGCAUAUCCAAGGUUGACUCUAUCCAGGCCGCCGUCGCAGACUACAAGGCCGCGUAUGGCAUGGUACCUCCACGUGGCUUUGACGCUUGGUUCAAGUACACGCAGGAGACCAAGGCUGUCUCGGCCUCAUCAUUGCUGUCCAUGGCACAAAAGCCGUUUGUUCAGUACCUUUCGCUCUCUGGGCCCGAGCUGAGGAAGCGCAUCGACACUGAGGCUACCAACGAGUUAAUGUUCUCAUUCACAUUUGUGCCAAACGGAGAAGGCGACAUGGGUACCGAGUGUGAUAGCGAGCCGGGCUGGUUCCCUGAAGACUACUCAAAGCGAGGGCGUGGCCGUGUCAAGGUCAAUGGCGCAUCUGCAUGGAAGUUUCGCUGCAACAACACGCUCUCCCUCCUCCUCCCCGUGCUCAAGCACCUCCCGGACGAGUUCUUCACCAUGAGUCCGCCUGUGACCAUGCUGUUCCACACCGACGAUGGUCCACGAGGGCAAGUUCACCACGGCUUCCAAACUCGUGCGGAAAGCAUGGGUAAGGUGUUCAAGACUUGGUCGCCGCAGCAGCUCGAGGCGGCGGAGAAUGCCAUGCGCUGGACGUCAGGCUGGCAGUGGACGUGCCCGGAUGACAGUCCCCUGAAGCGCUCCGAGGUCGACAUUGUGCUCAACGACAUGCCACUGCACCAGACGGCAGUGAACCGCAAGGACUUUGUGGCCGAUUACAACAUGGCCAUGGACGUUUGCUACAACCCCAACCUGCGUGAUCUACAAUCUGCCGCGCUGCUUGACAUGCGCUUUUCCAACGUCCCACUCGCGCCGUACGUGUCACAGUGCCGUACGCUGCGCAGCUCGGACAUCGUCGCCGUCCCUCUUGACGGUGCGUGGGAUGAACCGCAGAUCAUCCCGUGGACCGAAAAGAAGCCGAUGGUGUUCUGGCGCGGCUCUGCGACCGGGCUUUACCACGACCUCAAGUUUCCCUGGCAAAAGUCGCAGCGAGAGCGGUUACACACCUUUGCCAACAACAUGUCAGACAUAACGGUGCCGGUGCUCGUUGACUCUGACGGUGACGCCAAGACCGCCCACUUCCGCGUCAAGGACAUGAGUACCAAGUGGUUUGAUAUUGGGCUGGCUGGUGGGCCAGUACAGUGCAACGAUAAGGACGGCUCGUGCGAACGCCUUGACAAGGCUUUCAAGUGGCGCACGUACGUGAACAAGGAGGAGAGCGUGGCAAACAAGUUUGUUGUCGACGUCGACGGCAACGCGUGGAGUUCGCGCUUCCGCCGGCUCCUGGCCUCGAACAAUGUCGUCAUGAAGGCGAGCAUGUACCCCGAGUGGCUCUCACAACUACUCGUCCCGUGGUACCAUUAUGUACCGGUGCGGGCAGACUAUUCGGACAUUUACGACAUUAUGGCUUUCUUCGAUGGCGCACCAGACAGGUCAACCAAAGGACGUGACGACCUGGCCGAAGAGAUUGCCAAGAAUGCGCUGCACCUCACCAAGACGCGGUGGCGCGAUCAGGACAUGGCGUCGUUCAUGCUCCUCAUGAUGCUCGAGUACUGGCGGAUGCUGCAUGACGACCGCGAGGCCGGCUCGUUCCGGCUGGGGAGGACUCCGGUUUGA